AUGACUUAUCCGAACAAAGAACUUCAUGUUGCAUGUAAUUAUUUAUUACGAUUAAUAAAAGCACAUGUAGAAUUAUCAAAUGAACAAAUAAAUCUUUUUAAACAUACUUUUCAUGAUAUUUUAUCGAAACGAUUUGUUAAUCAUUGGUUUCCAGCAACACCAAAUCGUGGUAGUGCAUAUCGAUGUUUACAAACUAAACAUUGGAAAGAUCCUGUUCUAAAAUCUAUUGCCGAACGUUCUUGUUUACCACUUCACCGUUAUCUACCAGCCAUAUUCACUAUGUGGAUUGAUCCAGGUGAGGUAGCCGUUUGCUUUGGUGAUGAAGGUACAUGGUGUCCAUUAUAUAAACAUGAUAGUGAUGGUCAAAUACAUCAAGAAUAUAGCGAUGGAGAAGAAACAGCUUCAUCAUUAUCGUCUGAUGAUGAUUUAGUUAGUUUAACAGAAAAUGUUAAAACAUUAAAUGUAAAUGAUACACAUAUGCCAUUAAAACAAAAUAUUGAUUCAAAUAUUAGUCGUUCAUCAUCAUCAUCAAUAGAAAGUAGUAGUCGUACAUCAAGUCCUUUUUUUAAUGCACAAAUACAACCAUUAAAUAAUUAUCAUUAUUCAGGGUCAAAUUUGUAUUCUUAUCACUCUCUAUCAAAUGAUUGGAAUGAACAACAAAAUAUUUUUUGGCCACAACAACAAUUCACCAUGUCAGAUUCGUUUUUAUUAUAUAAUCAAAGAGAAAAUUCUUAA